AUGUCAAGGAAGGAUGGUAUUAAACCUACUUCCACUUUUCUACUGAUCUCUAAACCCCUUCCCACCACCUCUAAACCUUUGUUUAUGAUAUUCUUAAUGAAUAUCACUACCAAUAGAAGAAUAUGGAACAGUCUGUCUAUGGAUGGAAAUUCAGAGCUGGUUGACAAAAUUUCACGAGCUGGUUAUUUGGUUGUUGAGAGAAGUUAUUUUGCUCUUAGUGAUGAUGAAACAUAUCAAAGUUUGUCGUCUGAUUUGAAUGAGUCACAAAGAAAGGAAAUUUGUGCUUGCCUUUCUUCCUUUCGUUGCAGUAAUUCUACUGUGGAUCUUAUUAGCUGUCCACCAGAAUCGGGAAAAACAAAAACUCUGGCCUCACUGCUUUUUGCUCCGUUGAAGAUGAACCGUAGGACUCUUGUUUCCGCUCCGACAAAUAUUGGCAUCCCGUGUGUUGAGCAUUGCAAGAGAAUCAUUUCAUGA